AUGAGAACCGAAAAUUUUUCAUCUAGAUCCGUUUUCAAAAAUAAAAUUUCUCCAGAGUUGGUUAAAACCGUGGCCGUAGACAAUGUCGUUGUGGAAUAUAAAUUUACGGAAAAUAUAUCGGAUCGUUUUGAUUUAUUAAACGUCGAAUCUGAUUUGCAAUUGUUUUUCCUUUGCGGUUUGUUAGAAAUCGAAGGAUGUGGGAAAUUUUUAAACACGGAAAAAAAUUCAUCUAAAAAUAUAACAUGUUCAUUUAUGUGUAAAUUUCAAACGGUUUGCGAAAAAUUAUUCACGUCGUUUGUCGAAGUUUUACAUUUAUUAGAUUUUGAUGCUUUGGAUGAUUGUCAAUAUACUCACGUUAUAACAGAAAUCAAUUGGGGAGCAAAUUGUUUGAUGAAUUUAGAACUUUCUUCCUCGGCGAAAGAUAAUAAAAAAGAAGCAGAAGGCAAGCUCAUGUUGGAAAUGAAAAAACUCGCUAAACUAAUUAAAUUCGAAGGUGAAGGAGAAGCAGAAGUUAAAGACAAUUCAUUUUGGAAAAAUAGCCAAAUAAAAAUUCAAAUAUCCGCGGAUGUAACACCUAAAAAUGAAAUGCCUACUUCCGUUGAAAAUUUUUAUCAUUUUCUAUCGAACGUUCCGAACCUACUGAAAACCGUUAACGACGGAAAAGGAAAACCUUUAUCGUAUGCCAUGAUACCUGUACAAACGAUAAGAAAAUUGGCAAAUUUACACACGACGGUGGAAAACGUAGUCAGAGAAAUAGAUGAAAGUUUUAUCAUAUCCGUCGUUUGUCUUUUUGAAGAAAUUUCCUCGUACAAGUUAAAACUCGAAGAAUUAAAUAAAAAAAUAACGGAAAAUGAAAAAUAUAUACAAAUGAAAUACAUAAUGGAAAGUAAAGAAAAAUUGGAAGAACUCAAAAUAAAAGAAUCGCAAUUGAAAAGGAUCAUUUCGGAAAAUUCUCUACUCGUUAAAACCGGUGAAAAUAAUUUAAAAGAUUUAAUUAAAUCCGUUGAAAGAUUUAAAAGUCACAAUUUAAAUUUUUAUUUAAUCGAACAUUAUUUAAAUUCAAAUUUAGUGUUAGAACGUAAAAUUGAAACCGUACGAGAUUACGUUUCCCGCGGGAUUAUUUAUUUAGAAAAAGGAAAACUUUUCAUUGAUGAAUUAAAUAAAAAUUUAUCAUGUGAUUUUAUUGUUUUGAUCGUUUGUGAUAAAUUCCAAAAUGAAAAUCCGACUCUUUAUCAAUGCACUUUACAUUAUUUUUUAAGUUUACUCGAUAAUGAUUCCACGUCGACAAAAUACGCCAUUGUUGAUUUGGAUUUGGAUUUAGAUUUAAAUAAUAAUAAUAAUGCGAACGGGAAUAGAGUUUUCCUAUCGAAAAUGGGUAUAUCAACGGUGAGAUGUUUAUUUUUUAAAAGAGGUAAACUCAUCAACGAUGACAUGUACGGGGAUUACGCCGAAGAACAAAAUACAAAUUUUGCAAGAAUACAUUCGGAUCACGUAUUGGAAUUCACCCAUGAAAAACCCGGAAAUAGAGUCAUUCUUAAAAUUACUUGUCCCGGUUUUCCAUCGGGAAUUUGUUCGUCGUCGGAAAAAAUCCAAUGGAAAUGUUUUCGUUGUAAGAAAGUUCUCGAAUACGGUUUCGAUGAGUAUUUUUAUUGCAGUUGCGGAAGAGGAAAAAGAAAUUAUUAUGAAUUUCGUUGUAACGAUCACGCCCACGGAGUUGCGUUUGUUUUUGAUCGUUACGAAUUUGUAGCCAACGAAUUAUCGGAAUUGAGACCCUCAAACGAAUUAAACAUUCUCAUCAUCGGUCAAUCUGGAGUCGGUAAAUCCACUUGGAUAAACAGCAUCGUAAACUAUUUGAAUCACGAAUCUUUCGAACAAGCCAUGAGAAACGAAGUCAUUUCCACGAUACCCAUAAAUUUCACGACGUACGAUCCGAAAACGGGAGAAAAACACACGAUUAAAUUGGGAGAUUGUUCUGCUAACGAAGUGACGGAAACGGGAGAAUCUGGAACUCAAUUUUGUUCUACGUAUUGUUUUUUUUGGAAAAAUAAAUACGUUCGACUCAUAGAUACUCCCGGUAUAGGAGACACGAGGGGAAUAGCGAAAGACAAAGAAAACAUAAAAAACAUAAUGAGUCACAUAAGUAAUUUAAAAGAACUUCACGGGAUUUGCAUAUUGAUGAAAGCCAACGAUUCGAGGAUCAGUGCCAUUUUUUCAUAUUGUCUAAAAGAAUUAUUGAUUCACAUGCACAAAGGUAUCGCGAAAAACAUCGUUUUUUGUUUUACAAAUGCAAGAAAUUCAUUUUACACUCCGGGUCAAACAUCCGUACUUUUGGAAAAACAAUUGGAAUCGUUGAACAUACAUAAAGAGCUUUCCCUGGGGUAUCACAACAGAUUUUGUUUGGAUAACGAAGCUUUUUUAUUCUUGUGCACUUUGAAAGAAUCAAAAAUCGAAUUCGACUCCCUCAUGAUAAAAUCCUUCGGUCAAAGUUGGGACAUAUCAUUUAAAGAAACCGUUAGACUAUUGGAAACCGUGUCUUCGUUCAAACCUCAUCCGUUGAAAAAAACAUUGUCACUUUUCACUGCUCGAAAUAGAAUUUUAUCGUUGAGCAAACCCAUCGCUGAAAUAAGUAAAACGAUACAAAUGAAUCUGACGGCAAUAACAAAAAGAAAAGAAGAACUCGCUCUGUGCGAGAAAACAAUGAGCGAACUCUCGGAAAAAUUAUACGUUAACGAAAUACAUUUAGAACCUGUACCGUUGGAUUUACCCCGAACGGUUUGCACGAGUUCCCAAUGCGUUCGGUAUCACCAUAUUGAAAGUUACGACAUGACGGAAAUAGAAUACGUGACGCAUUGUCACACAAAAUGCUACAUAAAAAACGUCGUGACAAAAGCCAUAAAUAAUAUGCUUUUAAAAGAUUGUUCGGCCAUGAAAAAAGGGAUUUGCACGGUUUGCGGAUGCGGUUGGCAAAAUCACAUGCACAUAUCAUUCGAUCAGAAAAGGGUUAAUAAAACUAAUCCGAAUAAGAGAAUUCAGGAUGCUUUGGAAAGAGAGAAAUCGGAUCAAGGGAGAAAACAAGAGAUGUUGAUGGAACUAGAAUCGAAACUUGAUAAAUACAAAAAAGAACAAGAAAUAGUAAUACAAACAUCCGUGAAACUCGGUUUAUUUUUAAAAGAAAAUGCCAUAAGCGUGUACAACGACGCCAUAGCAGAUUAUUUAAGGUAUUUGAUAGACGGAGAAGAAAACAAACCGUACAAAACGGAAAGCGAUGAAAAACUAUUGAAAAAUUUAAAAGAAACAUUGAGUCACUACGAAGCGGAAAUACAAGUUUUACAACAGGCUGUGUGUCAAAGCGGUCAAACGACAGUCGUGCCAACCAUUGAAGAAAUUGUACAACUCGAAAAUAAAUUGUACGAAUUGGAAUUGACGGGGGAAGAUAUAAAAAAAAACGUUCAAGUCAACAGGUAUUCGUCUACGUCAAACUCCGAAAGUUCUAGAAAAAAAUAG